UACACCGAUAAAUACGCAGUGUCUUAAAAGCUGACAGCUGGUUUCCAGGAGAACAGGGUAAAGUAGGUCGUAUUAGAUAAGAACAGGGUGGACUUUAGGGCCUGGCAGGAGUAGGCCUGUUGUUCUCCGCGCUCUGUACUGAGAGAGGCAGGCCGGGUUCAGGCUCUCCCUCUCGGGCAGCCCGGCUACUGGUCAGGUGCCUAACGGACACCGCGCCGCUAGGUUGGAGAGGUACCUAGUCCAGCUGGUGCUGAACCGAAUACAGCAGAAAGAUGGCGGACGACCCCAGCGCGGCGGACAGGAACGUGGAGAUAUGGAAAAUCAAGAAGCUGAUCAAGAGUUUGGAAGCUGCUCGUGGUAAUGGGACCAGUAUGAUCUCACUGAUCAUCCCCCCCAAGGACCAGAUAUCCAGAGUGGCCAAGAUGUUGGCAGAUGAGUUUGGCACUGCUUCCAACAUUAAGAGUCGAGUCAACAGGCUCUCUGUACUUGGGGCCAUCACCUCUGUACAGCAAAGACUAAAACUCUACAACAAGGUGCCACCCAAUGGUUUAGUUGUAUACUGUGGCACCAUUGUGACAGAGGAAGGCAAGGAGAAGAAAGUCAAUAUCGACUUUGAGCCUUUUAAGCCAAUCAACACCUCCCUGUACCUCUGCGACAACAAGUUCCACACCGAGGCAUUAACAGCCCUGCUCUCUGAUGACAGUAAAUUUGGCUUUAUUGUGAUCGAUGGUAGUGGGGCGCUGUUUGGCACACUGCAGGGCAACACCAGGGAGGUGCUGCACAAGUUCACUGUGGACCUGCCCAAGAAGCACGGCAGAGGAGGACAGUCUGCUCUGCGUUUUGCUCGUCUGAGAAUGGAGAAGAGACACAACUACGUGAGAAAGGUGGCUGAGACGGCUGUCCAGCUCUUUGUUUCCAACGACAAAGUAAAUGUGGCAGGAAUGGUCUUGGCUGGAUCUGCUGACUUCAAGACUGAGCUCAGCCAGUCGGACAUGUUUGACCCAAGGUUACAGGCCAAGGUUUUGAAGCUGGUGGACAUCUCCUAUGGAGGAGAGAAUGGUUUUAACCAGGCUAUUGAGCUCUCAGCGGAGGUUCUCUCUAAUGUAAAGUUCAUCCAGGAGAAGAAGCUCAUAGGGCGGUACUUUGACGAAAUCAGUCAGGACACGGGGAAGUACUGUUUUGGUGUGGAGGACACACUCAAAGCCCUGGAGAUGGGAGCUGUAGAGAUCCUCAUAGUCUACGAGAACUUAGACACCAUGCGUUACAUUCUACGUGUACAUGGGGCAGAGAGCAAUGGAUUAGAGAACGAUGAGAAGACUUUGUACUUGACGCCAGAGCAGGAAAAAGACAAGUCUCACUUCACAGACAAGGAGACGGGGCAAGAACAUGAGCUGAUUGAGAGCAUGCCACUGCUGGAGUGGUUUGCUAACAACUACAAGAAAUUUGGAGCCACGCUGGAGAUAGUCACAGACAAGAGCCAGGAAGGGUCCCAGUUUGUCAAGGGCUUUGGAGGCAUUGGGGGUAUCUUGCGGUACAGGGUUGAUUUCCAGGGCAUGGAGUACCAAGGAGAGGACGAUGAGUUCUUUGAUUUGGAUGACUACUAGGUAGUCGGGGACUGAUAUUGGGAGAAAAAAAGAAAAGCAAAGGAAUGAAUGAAGAAAUGAGGAAAGAAAAAUGCCACCUCUCUUGCAGCAAGUGAGAGGUGCAACUGUGUUGACCAUAUGUAUGACAGACACACCUUCCAAUUUACCUGUUGCAUACACAAACUUGCGCAUACAUUUCAUCUGUACACAUGACAAAAUGCAUAACACAGGCUGAAGAGGAGUGAGAUUUUCUUUCAUCCAGAGAGGGAGAAAACCCUUCCUGAAUAAAUCCCUGCCUUAGAGUGCUGGUUCCUUCCCCUAGUUGGAUUGGACUCGACUCAUUUUGUUCUCUUUUUUUUCCUCCUACCCUCCAUUUUGAACGAACACAACAGCAAGUUCCCAGAUUCCUCGCUCUCCCAGACCCGGUCUGAAGAAGAACUUUGGACUCACUCCUCGCAUAUAGAAAAUAUAUUUUCCUUUCUUGCCUCAUCAUGCCUCUACCCUCUCUCGUUCUCUCUCUCUCUUAUCCCUUCUAUGCUUUCUCUCGUUUUUUUUUUUUUUUGCAUUUCAUUUUUUUACUGGUAUCUGCUGCUGUUGUAUUUUAUGAGAGUGGGGGAUUUUUUUUACCUGGGUUUCUGUAGAGAAAGGGGGACAAAGUAUUAAAUUUGAACUGCUGAAAACCA